UGAGAGUUCUUCAAAGGUACUGCAAGGAUAAACAAAAGAACAAAAAUUUCAGGAUGGCAGCUUGGGAAGGAAAGAAGUACAAAUUGGAGAAAUCCGAAAAUUUGGAUGCUUUCAUGGAAGCUCUCGGAGUUAGUGCAGAAAACCGUAAACUGGGUAACACUUUGACUCCAACUGUUUCCCUUGUUAAAAAUGGGGACGAAUAUGAGUACACUACAACUUAUACAGUCAAGAAUCAAGUUAUGAAGUUCAAACCUGGAGUAGAGUUUGAUAUGAACUCCGCGGAUGGACGGCAAAUGAAGACUGUUUGCCACUUCGAAAAUCCCAACAAACUUAUCCAAGAGGAGAAAGGCGGUAACGCAACAAUAAUCGUUCGUGAGUUUACCGACAGUGAAUUAGUUGCGACUAGCAAAGUUAGUGGUAUAACCGCCGUAAUGCAUUACAAAGCUAUUUAGAAAGUUGGAUGCCUGAACAACAUCUAAGUGGUAAUUUCUAAUUCUUAAGUUAGAAUCUGGUUGAGAGAAUAAAAACGUGUAAUAAAG